AACGGCCGGAGUCGGGAAAGAUCGUCAUUUCUCGUGAACUGAGACUCGGCCAAGGAUGGAGGAAGAGGCUCGCAACCUUCUCGAAGAGGGAAUAAAAAAGAAAUUGGUCAAUCCCGGUAAAGGAGAGUUAUCGUCCUUCCCCAAUGGAACCAAGGUUAUCUUUCACUACCGCACCAGCCUGUGUGAUGGCAAUGUGCUGGAUGAUUCCAGAACCAUGGGGGGCCGCUGCAAGCCCAUGGAGCUCAUCCUGGGCAAGAAGUUUAAACUUGCUGUGUGGGAAAGACUGGUCAUCACUAUGAGAAAAGGAGAAAUUGCAGAAUUUAUCUGUGAUACCAAGCACACAGCAAUCUACCCGCUUGUGUCUCAGUCCUUAAGAAACAUCAGUGUUGGUAAGGACCCUCUGGAAGGGCAGAGGCACUGUUGUGGCAUUGCUCAGAUCCACUCACACCACUCUGUUGGCCACAAAGACCUGGAUCAUCUUCAAGCUAAUCCUCAGCCACUUGUCUUCACCAUCGAACUGCUGGAGGUUUUCCCUCCCGGGUCGUUCCAGCUGGAUGUUUGGGCUAUGACUGAUGACGAAAAACUCGCUUUUGUGCCUCAGAUCCACGAGGAGGGAAACAAACUCUUCAAACAAGGCCAGAUUAGUGAGGCAAAAGAGAAGUACUACAAUGGCAUCGCCUGCCUCAAAAACCUGCAGAUGAAGGAGCAUCCUGGAGAUGAAAAUUGGUUAAAGUUGGACCAGAUGAUCACACCACUGCUUCUCAACUACUGUCAGUGCCUGUUACUCUUGAGCCAAUAUUACGAGGUCAUCGAACACUGCACGUCCCUGGUCUUCAAAUAUGAGAACAAUGUAAAGGCCUUUUACAAGCGGGCUAAAGCCCACGCCGCUGUGUGGAACGAGGCGGAGGCACGGGCGGACUUUGCAAAGGUCUUGGAACUGGAUCCUUCUUUGGGACCAUCUGUGGCCAAGGAGCUAAGAGCCAUGGAGGAGAAGAUCCGCUCCAAAGAGAAGGAGGAAAAAGGUCGCUACAAGGGCCUGUUCAAGUACAACACACCACCAGCCACUGCCACUACAGGUUGAAUGUUCCGAUGGGCUGGACACAAGAGGAUGCCUGUGACUUUCAAGAUGGAGGAGAAACAUUUGGCGCGCUGUGUUUCGCUUUUAUCCAUCCAAGCCAGACGCCCAGCCGCAGGACAACACGCAAACAGGAGUUGUAUUGCAGCUUUAGUCCUCUAAAUGUUUAAUUAAGGUUUGGAUUAGAACGUGUUUAAAUUAAAUCUGGAGUUUAAAGUCAAAACCCAGUUUUAUUAAGGACUGUAAUAGAAGGCAGAGCCAUUACAAUUUAGUCCAUAAUGUUACUUAAUUAAAAGGAACUGGUUUUUUUCAAUAAACUUCUUAAGGGAGCAUUUUACCUUUGAUUUAACAACCAAUUUAUCUGCAAUUUGGGGCCCAUUUCCAGUCAGAAAAUAUUUUUUUCCUUUUUUAUAUAAUCAUGUACUCACAUGCACGUCUUUGCCUCGCACACUUUUUCUGUUGUGAUCACAGCAGAAGCACCAUUACUACACGAUAGGUGGGCCAUGAAAUGUAACCGCUGUGACAAUCAUAUAAAACACUUGUGUUGUUGUUGCUUUUCCUGUGUACUUAUUUCAUGUAUGUAAUAAAUAAUACCUUUAUUUUUAUGUGAAGAUGUAAUCUGCAUGAAGUACCAGUAUCGCAUUCACUUGCUUAGAAAGAGCUACUCUUUCCUCUUCGUGUGGAGCAGUGGGUCAUUUAGCCCAAGCCUGCCUGCAGUGACAUGUUACUGAGGUUGUGAUUACGUAACUGUAAAUAAAUGUGUUUAUGCCUAGUUGUGUUUCAGUAAAUAUGGCCUCUACAGAAACAUUCAGGAUGUU